AUGUCUGAAUCACCAUCAUUAAUCACACCACUAUUACAACAAUAUCAAGUAGAAUUGCAGGCAAGGUUGAAUGAGUGCUUUGAAAACAAUGAAGUCAAGGGAAUGCUGCAAUUAAUAGAUUAAUUGGGACAGGAUAUAAAGGAUGAGCCACAACUCUAAGAUCUGCUGAAUCUGCAAUUAUUGAGGAAAUUGAUGAAGCAUCUCUCCUCCACCAAUCCUCAACAGGUGAGGAGUUCAGUAAUCAUACUGGAUGCAAUAAUGCAACGGAAAAUCAUAGCCAACAGACUUCUCCAUCAAAGAGGUGCCGAAAGAACCAUGGUGGAUCUAGCAAAUAGUUUAUUGAACUUACAAUAAUAAUUGCGACAUACUUCUUUAGAAUUGCACAUCGAUGAUCUCCUCAUUGGUUUAUAGGUCAAAUAUGUCGACAAGAAAUAGACAGACUUGAGCGUAUUGAAAUUGGCCUUGAAAUAAUUCCAAGAUAAUAACAAUCUGUUCAUCAAGCAAUUGCAAAUAAUCUUAUCCUCUUGUGAAAGCAUCAUAGAUUAGUAUUAUUUAUUUGGAGGUCCUUUGCAAGAACUCAUUUACGAAUAUCUUUUAAUGAUUAGGCAGAUGGAAGAAAAACAGUAGGUGAACUUCUUGACUCAGGUUUUAGGCAUAUAUGAGAGGUACAUCCUAGAUGUACAAUAUACCAUAUAAGAAAUGCAACAAAGAACUUACUAUAUUAAAAUAGAGAAGUAAAUGAUCCUGCAUCAAAUAUCCAACAUGUAUAAAAGUUGUGCUCAACUCUUAAACAUGAUUCUCGUGUUGCCCGAAGAAAUUGGACUACAAAAGAGAACCUACUUGAUGAUCAAAGUCCUAUACAAAUACAUUCCAGACUUGAGGAUAGCUUUGAUGGGACCAAUACAAUUGGUGAUGCGCAAUCUCUCCUUGUUUCUCCAUAAAGAUGCUCAGGAAUACAAGGAAAUCACGAUAUUCUUGUAUCAACUUAUUCACUCAUCAGAUUACGAUGAGAGAUUCAAGUAGUCUCUUCUUGAUGACGAAGAUCUUGCAUACCUAAGAGAAAACAAGUAUUUCUCUGUUAAAGCUCUAAGCUAUGUGGAUGAGUCUUAAAGUGUUUCAUCUUUGAGACACUUGAACAUUCAAGCAGCCUUCCCUUGUUAUGUCAUCAUUUAAGCAGCAUCCAUCUAUUGCUAUUCAUUCAUGGUGGAUAAACCGAAUUCACUCAUCUUUUGGAGCUUCAGAACACUCGAUUAUGAUGUAUCUUUUGGACUCUUUAAAUUGUAAACUAUUGAAGACUUGGGAAUCAUAGAUUAUGUAAAUGAAAGGAAUGGAGUUAAGUCGUUAAUCAAAUUAUAAAGAAUUGAAUCUCAUAAGUAACCUAUCAUUGGAGUCACAGUUAUAUCCAAUCCAGGGCUUUACAGAAUUAUAUUUGAUAAUAGUUAUAGUUACUUGAGGUCCAAAUAGUUAUUUUACAGUAUCCAUUUGCUAGAAACUAAAUGAAUAUUAUCUGUUUAUUUUAGAUAUUUUUGAUAUUCCAAAUUAUAAAUUAAUAAAUA